CAGCGCCGGGUGAGGAGGAGUAGGGGUUGGUGAGUUUACUUUGCCUUCGUGGGAGUGUUGUACUACAUUACGCAAACUACUGAAAGACAAGUUGAAAGCUAAGUUAAGGAUUUCAACUCGACUGCAGUUGACAACAUUCGAGGAUAUCCGUGCGGAUUCCGAACUUUUUCCCCCCUUGGUUGCGGCGUACUUUACUUUUCUUGUAUGAAGCGACUCUUUAGUGUGACUCGACUGGCCAGAAAAGAAUCCAUAUCUGGUCAAAGUAUUCAACUGUCACAAAGCGGGACCCGUUCGCUAUAAAUAGCCGGGAUAAGCAGUGGAGGAGACUUCUUUUUGAAAACGUUGCUGGGCACUUAGCUGCCUUUUUUUUGGUGUUUUUUUUUGUGGGGGGGGGGGGAUUCGUUGGGAUUCUAUCGCGCCGCCAUGUCCACCUCCUAUAAGAAGGAAGUAGUGAACUACAGGGACGUGGACGAGGAUGAACUACUGAAGAAACUCUCAGAGGAAGAGCUACAGAGGCUGGAGGAUGAGCUGGAGGAGUUAGAUCCAGACAAUGCCCUGUUGCCGGCCGGGAUGAGGCAGAAGGAUCAGACCAAGAAGGCGCCGACCGGAAUCUUCCAGAGAGAGAACCUGGUAGCCCACCUAGAGAAGCAGGCCAAGGAACACCCUGACAAGGAGGACCUGGUUCCGUUCACUGGAGAGAAGAGAGGUAAAGUCUUUAUACCUAAGAAGAUGGUGGACCCCAUCAUGGAGAAUGUGACUCUGGAGCCAGAGCUGGAGGAAGCACUGGCCAACGCCAGCGACGCUGAGAUCUGCGACAUUGCCGCCAUUCUGGGAAUGCACACUCUGAUGAGUAACCAGCAGUACUACGAGGCUUUGGCCAGCAGCAAUAUAGUCAACAAACAAGGCCUUAACAGUGUUAUCCAGUGUACUCAGUAUAAGCCUGUGCCUGAUGAGCAGCCCAACUCUACUGACGUGGAGGAGACGCUGUUGAGGAUGCAGAGGAACGACCCUGACCUGCUGGAGGUCAACCUCAACAACAUCAAGAACAUUCCAGUGAAGACACUGAAGGCUUAUGCAGACGCCCUGAUAGAGAACACUGUAGUGGAACGCUUCAGCAUCGUGGGAACCAGGAGUAAUGAUCCCGUAGCCUUUGCCCUGGCAGAGAUGCUGAAGGUGAACACCACACUGAAGAGUCUAAACAUAGAAUCCAACUUCAUCACGGGGACGGGUAUCCUGGCUCUCAUUGCCUCACUGCAGUCCAACACAACCCUGCAGGAACUCAAGAUCGACAACCAGAGCCAGCCGCUAGGUAACAAGGUGGAGAUGGAGAUAGCCAGCAUGCUGGAGAAGAACACCACGUUGUUGAAGUUUGGCUACCACUUUACCCAGCAGGGCCCCAGGCUGAGGGGCUCCAACGCCAUGAUGAACAACAACGACCUGGCUCGGGUAAUCCGAUCUGAUCAUCACUCGGACGGUUCCUUUACCCUCACUCUGUCCGUGCCGGAACUGGAGAGGGCAUUUGGUAAAAAGUUCAAGCCGAAACUCGCCAAGACCAAGAAAUAAGAAAGAGAAGGCUUGAAGGAGGUCCCAUCUUCCCCAAGUGUCGGACAAGCGUGUAGCGCCGUGCCCGGCGGCAGCACUGCCCGGCCCUGCCCAGCCCCAUAUUCAGCCAGACGCCCUCCAACAGAUAUCCCAUCAACCCCUGCUUCCCCAACCCUAACCUCGACCCCUCCGCGAUGACAGAACUCGUUCCAAAUCGAAUGUCAGGGGCUUUGGCAAAUCUUGUUCCUACUGUGGCAUAGAGUUGAUCUACUAUUGUAAAUUAGUUUUUUUUCCUUCACAGUUUUCUACUGAUAUCGGUUUAGAUAUCUUCAGUAAUAAUAAUAUCUGGUAAUUGUGACAGAGAAGCAGCCCACCUAUACAGAAAAUAUUUAUUUUGUUGUUAGUUUGUUUACUGGAGAUGAACUUGUUGUGGUUGAAGAUGAAAUGGUGUUACAUCCAUAAUGUAUAUUGUACCGCAUGCCAUGGGCAGCAGAUAGCCUAACGGUUAAGAGCGAAAGGUCGCUGGUUCAAAUCCCCGAGCCGACUGGGUGGGAAAAAAUCUGACGGAUGUGCCCUUGAGCAAGGCACUUAACCCUAAUUGCUCCUGUAAGUCGCUCUGGAUAAGAGCGUCUGCUAAAUGACUAAAAUGUAAAUGACUUAACUUGGUUAUGAUGUUAAUACCACAUUACGUUUUUCAGCAUUUUGCAACCACGUAACGUAAUGUUUUUCAGUGUGAGGUUCAUAUAAGAUAAGUUGUUAGCCUGCAGUUCAUGCUGUCUGUAAGCAAAGGCACAUAACGGUACAUGGGAGCUAUGUUCAGAGGAAUUGUUGCAGAUUAAAAACAUGUUGAGGUGUAAAUUGUUUGUUUGUCCAAGUUUACCCCAUGGAGACAGCCACUAAAAGCUGGUCCUAGAUCAGUUUGUCCGCUAUGGUGUAAAUACUGUAGUAUUACUGAUCUCUAGUCAGUUUAAAUCUUCUCAGUCAAACCUUACACAGAGAGAGGUUGCUACUAAGCGUUGGUUCUAGAUCAGUUUCGUGACCAAGUCGAUAGCUUUCAUCUGGUCAGUCUAAGUAGAUAUGAUCCUUUGUUGACAACACUUGUUAAAUCCACUUCAAAUCAGUGUAGAUGAAGGGGAGGAGACAGGUUAAAGAAGGAUUUUGAAGCCUUGAGACAAUUGAGACAUGGAUUGUGUGUGUGUGUGCCAUUGAGGGUGAAUGGGCAAGACAAAUAAUGUAAGGGAGUUGCAGCAUUCCCCCCUCCCCCGUUUUCAGUUACACUGGUAGAAAUGCUGUCAGUUGAAUGUGUCUGCAACCCAAAAGUGUGCAAACUAUGAAUUCACUGUAAUCACUCUGUAGCCUAUCAAAGCUCAAGAAAAAGCAUGAAGACAAACGACUUGUCCUGUCUGUUGUAAGAUCCUAUGAGAUUGUUCCUUAAUGAACACUCCUUCAGGUAUUGUUGCUAUGUGGCCAGGUAUCAGAGUUGUCAUGCACCAUUUGUUUUUGAGGGGAGCACUGAUGACUAAAUUCAAUAUCCUAUCAUUAAAUCGGUGUAAAAUAAACUAUAUAUAUUCUAUUGGAUGAAGGAUGGAUGAGGGGGAUACGUGCCCCCUCAGAUUCAAAGGGCAUGAUGCUACUGAUUAGGUAUAUUACUGUAUGGUCAAAAGGGACAACUAUAGUGUGUACAACAAACCAUCCCAAUAUUAAAUACUGCUGAAUAUGACUGUGUUUUCCCUGCCCUAGCCUGGCUGUUGUUAUUUCUCUACAGUAUUUGCAGUAUUCUACAGUAUUGAGUGUUUUUGUUAGAUAGUUCACAUUAUUGUGUUUUGUUGUUGUUCAUGGAUAAAUCAGGUUUGAAAGUA